CAUUUUACAACACUUUUAUCUAACAGCUGUGUUUGUUAUUAAUUUGUUAUGGACGAAAAGUCAGGUGACUCGAAAAACAUGUCGCCCAGAAAUGACCCUUCCGUAAAUUCCAAUCCAAAUGUGGAUGAAUCGGAUCUGCAAGAAAUGGCAGCCGUUAAUGACAGCCUCGAUGAGCUGAGCAGCGCAUUAGAUUUCUUUGAACAGCGCACUGAUAACAUUAUCGAACAGUUAAAAGAGCUGCUGGACUCUAAUCGUGAAAUACGUCAGGAAUUGGCCUUGGAGAAUGCUGCCAAUGCAGUAGAAAAUUUAGAUUUAGAAAAACCAGAAACCUAAUUACACUUACGUUUCGUUCAUGUUUUUUUGCUAGCCAGCAACUUAUUUACAAGUAUUAAAUAUUGGGUGAUUUAUGUUUUAUUCUUAAACGACAAAUAAAGUACAAUAAUUCAAAAAAUAUUAUAAA